ACUUUAUCCAGGGGAGUAUCCAUGGAAUGCUGAAAGAAGUUAGAACUUUGGCAUGGGUUCAGCAGUGGGUUAGAGCAGUUUCCGUAAAACUGACAGUAACUAUGAAAUGGUAGAAGACAGCAAUCAUCCAGGUUUGAGGUUUUACAGGGCAGGUAAGAUGAGUUGUAAGGAAUCCUGAAUUAUUUCAAGGGCAUCAUGAAGACCAUGGACCACAGAAUCCAAGGCUUACAGGAGGGUAAGAGGAAAAGAAGUAUGAUGGCCAAGACUUCACAGAGGAAGCAACGCGACUGCGUAAACCAAUCAAAACCAAAGUCUCGUUUCAGCAUCUCAAUCCCCUUGAGAAUGUCAAGUUACGCAAUCAAGAGGCCAGUUACAAGAAUUACAUCCCAUCCAGACAAUGAGGUCAGAUACCAUCCAUGGGAGGCGAAUUUAGACAAGCCCCAACAGGUCUGCUUGUAUAAGAGACUGCAAGGACUCCAGGCCUCCAGUAGCACAGGAGAGCUUCUAAGUACUUUAGACCUUGCCAAAACUCUGCACACACUUGUGCCUAGUUGCACGAGUGCAUCCCUAUCAGAGGCUCUGGCUGGUGGUGUGUGCUCCAGCUCUCUGCCCGUCCUUGGUCCACCUGCCCAGGUGGCAGAGACGAUUCCAGGAACGGGGUUUGGUGUGCCCCAACUCCUCUGCCAUCAGUUUCUGGUCACGGAGGAAGAUGUUAAGAAACAGGAAAGAAAAGUGGAGGCAGCAAGAGAAAGACUGGCCCUAGCACUGCUUGCAGACUAACUAGGGAGGAGAGAGAGUAAAGAAGCCACAAAAAGGUGUCUUGACAAACUCCAUGAAAGAGAAGUACUAAAGAAGAAGCAGGUCAGGACCUUAUUUUAGCACCAUUUUGCAGUGAUCAGAGCUGCGAUUUUUUUUUUUUUUUGCUUUGAUCUCUCGGAACUUUAACAUACACUGAUACUUUUCUUUA